AUGUCCAACAAAUUCUCAAUAAAUUCCUACAGUUUCUGGAUAGUCACAUACGUGGCCAUAGGAACAAUCUCUAGUGCCUACGGCCUCGCAAUAAUAGGCACAACAGUCGGACAACCCAACUUCUACAAAUAUUUCAACCUUGCCCCACAAGGCAACCCAGGAUACGACCACACAACCAACAUAAUCGGCGCCCUAAAUGGCGUGAACUCCGCGGGCGCAAUAAUAGGCUGUACAUUCCAAGCCUGGGCCGGCGAUUACUUCGGCCGCAAAUGGACCAUGCAGUUUGGGCUCGUGGUCCUCAUCUUGGGCGGAGCAUUGUGCGCGGGGACAGUGGAUAUUGCGAUGUUCAUCGUUGCGCGGUUGAUCGCCGGGAUUGGCUCGGGUACGCUGGCCUGCAUUGUGCCGACGUAUCAGUCUGAGAUCGCGACUGCUGAGACCAGGGGCGCAAUGGUUGCUGUUACGGGCAUCAUGUAUGCCGUUGGGUACUCUGUUGCGGCGUGGCUUGGAUAUGCCUGUUAUCAUAUUCAGGACGGGGAUUCGGUCCAAUUCUCUUGGAGGUUCCCGUUGGCAGUCCAGGUUCUUUUCCCGCUGAUUGUUUUGGUGGGAAGUCCUUUUGUUCCUGAGUCGCCGAGGUGGUUGUUGCAGCAGGGACAUCGGGAGAAAGCGUUGUCGGUUGUCACGCGUUUACAGAGGGAUGUUGUCAAGGCCAGGCAGGAAUUCUUCUUGGUUGAGAAACAAUUUGAGCUUGAUCGAUCUGUUCAGACGCGGUGGUUUGAGAUUGUUCGGACGCCGUCUAAUCGGCGACGCGCCUUUGUGGCGUGUGCGUUGAUGUGGGGAGAUCAAUUCCUUGGAAUAUUUAUUAUUACCAAUUAUGGAGUCUUGAUCUACGAGAGUAUUGGGUUCGAGGAUCCGGUUCCUCUUUUACUCUAUGCAUGCUGGGCCAGUUUUACGUUGAUUGGUAAUACGUGGACGGCGCUCUACGUCGACCGUUACGGACGCCGAACUUUCCUGCUGAUCGGAUCCAUUGGCUGUGUUGCUUGUCUGAUAUUCUUGUGUGCCCUCUGUGCCCGGUACCUUGGGACGGAUAACACAGCCUGGCUGCAUGCUGCUGUUUUUUUUGUUUUCUUCUACUGUUUUUGGUGGUGUUUUUUCAUGGAUGCCACACAAUAUAUUUACGUGACCGAGAUCUUUCCGAAUCAUCUACGGACCCAAGGCGUGGCACUUGGCAUUGCCUUCUUCUACUUGGCAUCGGAAGUGACUUUGGUUGCUGCGCCCGUGGGCUUGGCUAAAGUUGGAUGGAAGUUCUACUUAGUGCUGAUUGUUCCAUCCUUGUUCUAUAUUGGGGUCAUUUACCUUUUCUUCCCGGAGACAAAAGGUCGGGCUCUCGAGGAGAUAGGUGCUUUGUUUGGCGAUGAGGCUAAUGUUGCUUGUCAUUGGUACGAUGCGACAGAUGCGGAAAGGGAGAAAAUGGCAGAAGAGGCUCUGCAAGAGCUUGCUCAAGCUGAAGAAUCCGAGGAAAAGGUCCAUUCAUCUCAUCAUGAUUUUACCUGA